AUGCUAGCUCUUUUGGCACGCUCUCGGUGGCGCUUCCGCGGGACAGAAAAUGCUUGUGCAGCCAGGCUUCAGCAGCGGUUUUUUGCAAGAGAGCCGGCAGAUGGCACUCAAGGCUUCAAGCGCUUCUACGAGCAAGUGCAGGAGUACAAGGCAGACGAAAGCAGACUGCGUGAUGGCUGGGCAUGGAUCGGCUUCGUGGAGCACAAGCUCGAGAAGACAAAGCUCCAAGGAACAAAGAUUCGAAGGAAGCUGCGGUAUCCGAAUGAUGCGGAGGGGCAGGCGAAAAAAGCCGAGCAGCAGAAGUAUUGGCAAGACGUCAAGGUUGCUCCUCUCCGGGCUGAGCAUGUUGAGGCUAUAGAGAUGCUGCGGGAGGCCCGAAAGUCUCUCAAAUCGGAGCAGGAGGAACGUGCAUCUGGAAGACAUGCGACGGCUUUGGAGGAUCGCUUGGCAGAGGCCUAUCGUGAGCACGAGCGUGCUGAGCAAAGGCAUGGUGACGUGACUUCGUUCUUCAAGGUUCAGCUGCGAGACUUGCAUGAAGAGCUCCAGACACGUGCAGAGGACCUGCGAGAGCGAGAUGCGGUUGUCCUUCGCAGAGACCAGGAGCUGGACGAAGUUAACGGCCAGCUAAAGGAUUUGCAGGGCCUUUUCGACGAAGUGAAUGGGCAGCUUCAGCACGAAUGUGGGCGCAUCGAGCGUCUGCAAGGUGCUGUCACGCAGUGUGCGAAGCAAGCCAAAGAACUGGACUCCUUGCAGAACAUGCUGGAGGAGUCCCAUCGCAUGCUUGCGCAGCUGCGUGAAACUCUCGAGAAGGAAAGAGCUGAGCGGAUGAGGGUAGCGUCACUUCUGGAGCAUGAGCAGCAAAGGACACAGCUGCUGCUGGACGUUCUGAAGCAUUUCAAGGAGAAGCUUCAGGGUCUCACUCCGCAGAUGCUGCUUAGUCGGCUCGGCGUCAGCGAUCCGAAGGCGUUGCUGUCAAGCCCAACGCUGAACAAGUUGAUCAGCGAAGCAUCAUCGGAUCUGGCACCUGUUCUCGGCCUGGAAAGCUCCGGCAUGGACGGGAAGUCCGUGAGAGCUCCACGUGGUUCCGUGUCGCCGUGGCGUCGGCGUCUCGAAGAGCUUCGCUUUCACAUGGCCAGCCAUGCACCCGACAUGAAGGGAGCCGAGGACUCGCCAAGAGUCUUGAAGAAGAACCGUCGCGACUGGCGGGUGUCAGGCGGAAUCGCCCUGGAUGAUGCUGCUGUGCGAAUGCCUUCCCAGAACUUACGGCUGCCUCGGGAAUUUCUGACACUUGCCUACGGCCAAGGAGUGAGUGAGCGAAAUGAGACCAUGAUGAUUCUUUUUUCCGCGCAUGUUCUGAUCCCCGCCUCGAUCACAGUUUUCGCGAGGGACAACGCCGGAAGCACCUCCAAGCAAGAGAGCGCAGUCGUACGGAUGGGCUUGGGCUUGAUGCCCGUGAGGAAAUCGAGCCGGGAUCUCGGAUCUAGGCAAAUAGACUUCGCCUACAUUUGCCCACCUGUGGACUCUCUUCGGCCGCGAAAUGUCGGUUUCUCUGCCAGGUCUUUGCCUCAGUGGCAGAUGGUCUCCAGGCCCUGGUUUCUCGAACCGGCAACAUCCUGCUCUCUUAUCGCAGAAACACUCGCGAAGAACUUUUUCGUCUGUGCUGCGUUGCUGAAGGUGCUCUACAAAGACAGGUUGCUCCCAGUGGAGAAGGACUUCAGCUUUCCGCACUUCUUCUCGCCUGAGUUGACGGAUGCCGAUUUCUCUGCACGACCUAUGGUUAUGCUCACCGGCCAGUACUCGACUGGCAAAAGCACUUUCAUCCGGCACCUGCUAGGGCGGGACUACCCCGGAUUGCGAAUCGGCCCAGAGCCAACGACUGACAAAUUCGUCGCUGUCUGCAAAGGCGAUAUGGAUCAGGUCAUUCCAGGGAAUGCCUUGGUUGUUGACAAAUCCAUGCCGUUCACGCAGCUGAGCCACUUCGGCAACAACUUUCUCACGCGUUUCGAAUGCGCGAAGCUUGACAGUCCUGUUCUGAACGGGAUGUCUCUCAUCGACACACCUGGGGUUCUCUCUGGCGAGAAGCAGCGGCUGAAGC